GGUGAGGCGGGAGGCGGCAGGAUGGGGGACGCGGUGUCCGAUGUCGGGGUCUGCAACCUGGCCUACUCCGGGCGCCUGGAGGAGCUGCGGGACCAGCUGCAGCGCGACAGGGCCCUGGCCACCAAGGCCGACCAGGACAACCGGACCGCGCUGCACUGGGCCUGUUCGGCGGGACACACGGACGUCGCCAACUUUCUCCUCGGUCUCGGCGUGCCUGUGGGCGACAAGGACGAUGCUGGUUGGACUCCCCUGCACAUUGCUGCUUCGGCGGGCCGGGACGAGAUUGUGAGAGGCCUCAUUGCCAGGGGGGCUCAGGUCAAUGCUGCCAACCAGAACGGCUGCACACCCCUGCAUUAUGCUGCCUCCAAAAACAAGCAGGAGAUUGCAAUCAUGCUUCUAGAGAACGGAGCUGAUCCGGAUGCAACGGAUCAUUUUAAAUCCACCCCAUUACACAGAGCAGCAGCCAAAGGAAACCUAAAAAUGGUACAGAUCCUUCUGCAGCACAAGGCAUCUGUUGAUAUACAGGACUCUGAAGGGAAUACUCCUCUUCAUUUAGCCUGCGAUGAAGAGAGAGUGGAGGAGGCAAAGCUGCUGGUGUCUCACGGGGCAAGUAUUCACAUUGAGAAUAAAGAAGAACUGACCCCACUGAAAGUGGCAAAAGGUGGCCUGGGAGCCAUACUUAAAAGAAUGGUGGAAGGCUAGUGGGGACUCUGACUCGACUCUUCCCUGUUGCACUUGUGUUUAAGACUGCAAAGUUCCUAUUUUGAUAGUUCAUCUAGGGUAUUGUGUAUGGCUAUCAGCAUGGUAAUAAAAUGUGUAUCUCUAGGUUUCCUUCAAGCACAGUGCCAAAACAACUGUUUGUACUUCCUGUUAAUUAAACAGUUCACUGAUUUUAAAGUCUUUUUCAAUAUCUUGCAAUUUUCUUUCAGUUUACAGUAUGAUCUGUAUAAAUGCAGUUGUUUCCUCUGUUUCAGAACCUAGUUUAGGAUUGUUGCUUUCAAGAGCAACAGGACCAAAAAUGCUUUAACCAGAUAAAGUCAGUUUUCUUUUGGAAGCUCA